AUGUCAUCAAAAGAGGAAGUUGAAUCAGCGGAAUAUGACAUUAAUAGCAUGGUCCCACAAAGACGUAAGCGUUUUCUCACAGAACUACCACCGGAAAUAAUUGAUCGAAUCCUAUCACUUCUUGUAAGAAUUGGCGAUCGAGUGCGGAUUGGAAAAACUUCGAGAAUUAUGUACAAACACUCUAUGCCGCUUAUAUAUGAGUCUUGGAGCUUUGACAAGUACAAGCACCCGGGAUACUGUCUAUGGUGUUUUCUUCGAACUGCUAUAGAAUUUCCACAGUCUGUUUCUUCGGUGAAAACAUUGGAUCUCCGUGAAUCAGAACCACCAGCCCCCGGUAAGAAAAGCUGGGAUACAGACCUUCGAUCCGUCGUUUCAGCUGAGCAGUUUGAGGUGUGGGAAAAGAGCCAGAGAGAUGAUUUGAAUGUCUUCAAGAAUUCUAGAAUACGGCCCUGGGUUUUGAAGUAUUUAGAUAAUUGGACAAAUGGCCUGUCUGAGUAUAUUUUGCUUUUUCGCUGGGCCACAGGUGCAUCACUAGUUGAAUCACAUGGGUUCGAGAAUUUUGCUCUAGUGGUUUUGAAUCUCAUAAUACAGCGUCUCCCCAAUAUCGAAAUACUUCAUAUUACAUCGUUGAGUCGAGCUUAUGAGUUGGGUGCGCAAGAUGGACUUCCGCUUUCAGCUCAUUAUCUCCAAAACCUUCGAACGGUAUAUAUUUCCCGAGGCUCGCUCAAGUUACCACAUUCAUGUUUUCCAGGCUCAUCGUUACUUUUGAGGUUUUGGGAUCUGCCAAGAAUGAGAUCCGUUUACACAUCAGGUCUUAUAAGUGUCGCAUUCGACGAACAGAGGUGGGACAAAAGAAGUCCGGAUGAAUCACAGUCAGUGGCAGAAUUAGUCCUGUAUUCUGCGAUUACUGAUUUGUCACUUGUUCGCUGUAAUGUAUCAGCCUGUAGGGUUUUUCAAAUUGUUUCGACUUUGCAGGAGCUUGUGAGAUUUAGAUGGACAUACAAAUUUCCCUCGAGCCUAUCAAACGAGGAUGAACGACUGGAUUUGGGGAGCAAAAUUAUUCGGAAAAUACUGGACCCAUAUAAAGGCAGUUUGAAAGAACUUGAUCUACGAUUUGUCGAGGGCAUUUCUGAUAGACCUCUUCCAAAACCGGGCGUGCAAUCAAAGGCAAAGGAGAAACCAUUGUUUCUGGGUGACUUUUCAGAUUUUCAAGUAAUGACAUCGCUUACAAUCGAUCCGAUUGUACUAACUGGCCGAUCGCUAGGGGACCCAAUUGAACACCACAUGGAAGAUUUACUUCCACAAUCGUUGACAUAUCUAGCACUAGUAUGUGAAUUGUCACAUACCAAAGAAUUGUACCCAGGUCCCACCUCCAUUCGAAAGCAGACUUGGUCAGACGAAGUCACGAGUUUUGCAAACACAUUACCCGCAUCAAUGAGAUUUCUUACAGAAGUUCAAUUGAUUGCGCCUAGCCCGUCGCCUAGCCCGUCGCCUGGCACGUCGCUCGGUUGGAAUGGUUCUACAGUAGAACGGGAUGAGCUCUUGGAGCCUGUCAAGCGACUUUUUCAGGAGAAAGGAGUCAUCUGUUCAAUCACGAACGUUUUUCCCGAGGAUGAGUUUUCGGAUUUCAGGACUAUUUCUGAAGAUAACUAG